GGGAGGCGCCACUUUUCAUUCCCCGCUCUCAAGCGAUCUUGCGAACACCUUAGACUCUCUUGGGAGUUUUCGAACGAGUCCGACGGUUCCGACGAAAAAAACAAAUCGAAUAAUCGAACAGUAUCGCGACGCGCGCGCACCCCGAAAUCGCUGCAGCGACCGAUCUGUUUCCGAUUCGAUUGCGGAUUCCGACAGUGACCAUGGAGUACGGAUGGAGAGGAUCGCCCUCCAACCUGAAGCAAGGCCCUGCUAACUCGAACACCGCAGUCCAGCGCAUGCUGCAGGAGCAACAGCAGGGCAUGGAACCCAAUCCGCAGUCGUUCACUGGCCGCCUCGAGCCCCGACGGCGCGCCCAGUUUGAGUGGCCCCCGAGGAGAAGCUUUGUCCCCGUGGAGGCCCAGCUCCGAACCUUGCCCCCUCUGCCCGUCAACGCAACAGGUUUGAAGAAAGUGACCUGGCCGCCACCACUGGAGGACUACGACGUAGAGGACGGAGAGCAGGAGCCGGUGUAUGCACAGGCCGCCCCCGCCACCAACGGCUUCGCCAGUCCGUCGCCCCAGUACGCCCAGCAAGUGACGAGGCCCGGCCGGCAGCCCGUCCAGCAGCAGCAGCCCCAGCAGACGACGCCGCGGACGCCGCCGCCGCACCGAAGGUCCGCGUCCAGAGACCGCACCCGCCGGUCGCCCGCCUGGACGCCGCCGCCCACCAUCAUCAGCCUCCGGCAGUCGCCGCCCAUCCACCAGGAGCCCGCCCCCGUCGUGGUGUCGCAGCCAGCCACCGCCAGAAUGCAAGAACAAAGCACUCCGGCCCUCCAGAACGGCCACCUUAGCCGGACCAACUCCACCUCGGUCUCGCCCAACCCCGGAACGCCCAAACCUACCCGCGUCACCGCGAAGAACCGGGGAGAUCUCAAGUGGCCGCCCGAAGUCGUCGAAAUCAUUCCAGAGACGAUCGCUUUUGAGGUUCCUCUAGCAAAACUGGAUGAACCUAUUGUGAGGCAGAGCGGAGUGCGCGCGCGCGGUGACGCCAAGUGGCCGCCGCAGGAGUACAAGACCCGCGCCGACGAGGAGAACGCCCAGCGCGUGGCCCUGGCCAAGGGCCCCGUGUGUAGGCCCCGCCUGCCCAAGCGGGACUACAGCAGCUUCUUCGAGCAGCACAAGGUCAACUCCAUGUUCCCCGGCUACCGCGCGCCCCCCGGCACCCAGCACUACGUCGACGAGACGGGCGUGUCCGAGUUCUAGCGCCAGCCAGCGCGGUCCAACGUCGACGGCGAGGUGCCCCCCUCCGAACCCCCUCCCCCAGGGCCAGCCGGCUAGCCGCAGACCCCCCAUGCCGACCACGGGCGCGUUCGGCGCCAAAACACCGUGCCAACGCGACGUGUACUUCGCCAUAAGUUGCUGAACACGAUUAUUGGUCAUUGCCGUUAAGUUGGCAGACACUGCCGCUCAUUGCUGUUGAGUUGGCAGACGUGGCUGAAGUGCACUGAAGUGGCGGCUGGGUUGGCCACACUGGCAACACGGCAACGCACACGCAACCGAACCGUCGGACUUGUAUGUCUCUGAGUACAGUGUGCGAACGAAAUCCCCUGGCCCUGGGGCCUGGAACCCCUCGGGCAGGCGCCCGCCACACCAGAACUCAAACAUGCUGUACACAAAACACACACACACACGCUUCGUGGAGAGUAAAGGCUUGCAAGGCGGGCUUCGCUUUGGUCGCGUUGCUCUCUUUGUGAUAUCGGCGGAUCGACGCAUCCCGAUGCGAUGUACCGCCGAUAAAUUUAUCCUAAUAGAUUUAAUUUAAGUUGUUUUUAUUUAAAUAAAACUUGUUGUUUUUUGUCGUAUUUUCGUUAUGAUUGUUAUUAUUCUUGGAAUUCUGUCCCGUCUAAUGCGCGCUUUGUAGAGGACCGACAAGCACGGACUCCGGCAACGGAUCGUUUUAUAAUUAUGCUGUGAUUGCUCAAAUUUCUAUUAACAUUAUUUUUAUUUUGUCAUGAAAUAAACAAAUUACUUAAA